AUCAGGUUACGCACAGGGCCAUAUUUUUGUGGAAGAAUCAUUUUAUUUCUCCAUGGAAGAAUCAAUCAGCAUGUGUUUAUCUUUUUACCAUUUCCCGCGCGUUAAUCAGCCCCGUAAUUUCUGACUAGUUGAAGUAACUGUUCUUUUUAUUAAAUGGCGUCUGUACAUGGUAGUAUUUCUUUUUUGUGUGGACACACGUCGUACGCUGUUCAUGCACAUGUGCAUAUCGUUAGGAUCGAAUCAAGGACAUUGCACCUGUGAGUGUGACCUUAGCCGGUCGAAACGCUUACAAGUACACGUACAUGUACUGUCCAUGUACCGUGCUUAUUACGCUGGAUCGGGCUUCGCUGGGUCAGGGAAUUGCGAGUUUUUCUCCUCCCUUACGUCGGUCCAUUUUCGGCAUAUCAAAUGCCAACUGGCCUACAUGUAGCUAUCCUCAGGCAUUGUGGUGACUAGGGCCCAUGCAGCUUUCACCGUUGCCUGGAUGUGGGUUGUAAACUAGUAUGGGCAUCAUCGCGUAGCAUCGUGUAACUCUGAAAGAAACUUCGUACGUGUACACUAGACGGUCGGUUGGUUACACUGCUUAGCUUUCUUACACUCAAGCUAUGCCCAUCAUUGUAUUGUGACAACCGAGUACAGGGGCAUAUAUCUUCAAUUGGCAAGCAAUCUGAACCUACAGCCGAGACGGGGAACGUCUCUCAAGCGAUCGACGGCGCUGGCGGCGAAGGCCAGGCUAGGCAACUUGAACCGAUAGUAAUUUGUCCUCAUCAUCUGUACUUCGCAGUGUUAGGUUUUCGAGGAAAAGGCUGUGGAGUCAGACCGAGGAAAACUUAUGGCAACGAUUCGACAAUUUAGCAAUAUUUGUAGCCGGAUGAUGAGACGAACGUUUCUGAUAGUUGUCAUUGUCAUGGCAUUGUUGUUGAUGUUGCUCAAAAGGCAAGUCUCUCUACCUUCAGUAAGCGCAUCUCUUUCGCUGACUCAGAGAAAACCGAACAUUGUGUUUCUUCUAGUUGAUGAUUUAGGUUAUAACGACGUAGGUUAUCACGCUAAGAAUGGCAAGUCAGCUAUCAGAACUCCGAACAUUGACGAACUCGCCGAGCAAGGCGUCAAGUUGGAGAAUUACUAUGUACAACCUCUGUGUUCUCCAACCAGGAGCCAGCUCAUGACGGGCAGGUAUCAGAUUCAUAUGGGGAAUCAACACUAUUUAUUUGAACAUACCAGACCGCAAUGCUUACCCCUGGACGAGAUAAUGCUCCCUCAGAUGUUGAAGGAGGCCGGUUACUCGACACACGCAAUCGGCAAAUGGCAUCUAGGUUUCUGCCGCAAAGCCUGCCUUCCGACCAGUAGGGGCUUCGACACCUUUUUUGGACUUUAUACAGGUGGUGGGGAUCACUGGUACUAUAAUCGGACUAUCGAAGGUGAGGAUACCGGUGGUGGACACGAUUUACACCAGGACACCGUACAUCAUCGCAGGAAUGCGGUCGAGUUCGACGGGAUCUAUAGCGCGGAGCUCUUCACUGCAGAAGCUGAGAUAGUCAUAAGUCAGCGACAGCCAGAUAAGCCUUUCUUCCUGUACUUGGCCUACAAGAACGUCCACUCACCAAUUCAAGCCCCAGGCCGCUUCUCGGAUUCGUACCAAGAUUCUAUCCAAAUCCAGCCUAGGCGGACCUACGCGGGAAUGGUCAGCGCCGUGGACGAAAGUGUAAGGAACUUGACCAGAACUCUCAAGGAAGAAGGCGUAUGGGAUAACACCAUUAUCAUCUUCUCGUCGGACAAUGGUGGUUCUUUAUACCAUGCUGGCAAUAACUGGCCGCUUCGUGGCGGGAAGAGUUACUUGAAUGAAGGCGGAGUGCGCGCUGUUGGUUUCGUUAGCAGUCCGCUUCUACCUAAAGCCGUGCAGGGUACCAUCAAUACGCAGCUCAUCCAUGUCAGCGAUUGGUUACCAACCUUGGUAAGGAGCGUUGCUGGAGGCCAUACCAACAACAUUAAACCUUUAGACGGAUAUGAUGUCUGGAAAACAAUCAGCAAAGGAGAUGUAUCACCUCGGAAAGAAAUCCUUCACAACAUCGAUCCCAUGUUCAACCUAACCGUAUUAACGGACGAGGACAACGCAUUCCUAGCCUCUCUUCCUGGGGAAGUUAAAUUUGAUCCAAGAGUCCGAGCCGCGAUAAGAGUCGGUGAUUGGAAAUUACUGACAGGAACCUCAGGAACUGAUUAUUGGGUGCAGCCUCCUGAGUACGCACACGCUAUACUGAUCCAAGCUUGCGCAGGAUAUGCAGAUACGAUCCAACUGUACAACAUUAGGUACGACCCGAACGAAUCGUGCAAUCUUGCAAGGCACAAGAAGGACAUUGUCCUGAGACUUCUCCGGCGACUGUACGCCUACCAGUCCGGUGCGGAGCCGGUAGAUUUCCCGGAGAGAGACGUCCGAGCAGACCCUCAGUUGCACGGCGGCUUCUGGGAACCGUACCUGGAUUGAUUGGACACCAGCUUUUUUUGUGUUCAGGUUCACCCUCGGUGCAUAAUGAGACACAGCUUGUGCUAAUGACAAAAUUAGGUCUAUAAUGUUGAAUUCGGUGAUAAAGUAAUCCGCAGGAGGGCAUGUGUUGGUGAAAUACUGUGAUUUUUCUUCUGGUGAAUUCUUAAUAGAUGGUGCUGACUGAAAUGUAUAUUUUGAAACCUUUAAAAGAAUUUUACUGCAUCUUAGUAUAUACACCACCGUCUACUUCGCCAUUCACAGAAAAUUUAAUAUUUCAAACAAAACUUUUUUUGUUUGAAAUUUACUGCAUGCACAAAAUUCUCUGUUAUUGGGAGAUCAUGCAUGGUUUAACGGAGUUUUGACCAGUCACCUUAUCAACGCAACCCCUGACCUGUAGAGACUUGCCUCUUCGUCAGUACAUGUGCAAUCCCCACAAAGCCAAAAUUUCCUUCCUUUUGCGUGACCUCCAUUUAUAAGAAUAACAAAUUUUAGUAAUUUCAAGGAGAGAGAAAAUACAGGACAAACAAAAGGGCCUUUGACUUGGAAAUAUUAAAAUAAUGUUGACAUAUUGUUUUCAGUGUAUGUGUCUUAGAAAAGGUGAUUGGUGCCCCAAAAAGGUUCCAUGUUAUAAGUAAAGCCAGUAUUAUUUUUGAAGUAACCAAGUGUAAAUGUCUAUACAUGUAUUAUUUACAUGGCAUAAUGCGCAUGCUUGACGUUCAGCUAUAGUAGGUUAUGUCCAUGAUUUUUUAUGGAAUAAAGCUGUCUUCAAAGAUCUUUCAAAGCAUGUUAA